CAACGAAACGAAUACAAAAUUCUGUGCAAGUUAAUAACUUUGUACUUUGUACGAAUAUUAUACGAACGAUAUGAUGCGCCAUGAGUGGGAAAAAAAUGGAUCCGAAUAAAAUUUUCAGUCAAGAUUCAGCGUUUUUGCAACAGUAUCAAGCAGACCUGCAUAAACAAUCAUCACAUGAAGGUGUAGCUCAGCGUUCCCACAGUCAUAUCAGUCUCCUAACAGGAAAACCAUCUCAGAUAUUAAAUACCUCCUCUGCAACUUCUUUGUUGAAGACCUCCCAGGCUGGUCCUAUGCUGAGUGGAGCAGCGGCCAGUAGUCCCCAGGUUACACAAGUUAUUAAAGGAUCACAUGGCAUGAUUCUAAAGAAUGUUCCAGCAAGCAGGGUCGUGGUAGGGUCAAAACCAGGAGUUGUUACUAGGACAGUGCCAGUAAAUCCAUACUUAAAACGAUGGAAAAGAUUGAAGAAAGUCAUUAAAGAUCUAAUGUUUGUGAAUGCGUCAGUCUGUGAUGAAGUGGUCCAUGUUGAGGAAAAGAUUGCUAAAGUGAAGGAAGAGAGAAGAUUUCUAUUGAGAAAGCUACUCCACUAUGAAUCCCUUAAAGAUGGUUUACCUGCCCCUGGUAAAGUAUCACCAGGGGGCAGCAGUGGUAAGUCUCUAAUUCCUGCAGCAGAGAGUAACUCCGAACCAACAAUCAUCAAAAGCAAAUCCAAGAAGAAGGCUUCUGGGAGUUCUGAAAAAAAGAAAAUGGCAUCAGCGAUACCAUCAGUGGCCAAAGAGAUAUUAGAAACAAUGCAAGUAAAGCCAAAGAAAUCCAAGUCUCAGGUGACUAAGCGAGUGGUGCCUCAGCUACAAUUGGACUCCAUGGGGAGACCCAUCUUCCCACUCGUGAUGGGGGACUUGACUCUGCACAGCUUGGGGGAGGUUGUAGUAGACCGGCCUAGUUUCCACAGUGUUCAGUGUAUUUUCCCGGAAGGUUUCUGCACAACACGAUACUAUGCCUCCACUGUGCUUCCGGACAAGAAGUGUUUAUAUACUUGCAAAAUUUCCAGCAGUAUAAAGGGACCACAGUUUGAGAUUGAUGCUGACGAUGAUGAAGAUCUCGUUAUCAGCAGUCACUCCAUUGCAGAUUGUCACAAUCAGCUGAUAUCAAUUAUCAACAAGUCAAGAGGCAUGGAGAUAUUGGAGCCCUCAGGAAGAGGGGCAGAUUUCUUUGGACUGACUCACCCAGUGGUACAGAAUCUCAUUCAGAGUUCACCAGGAGCUAAGCGCUGCAGUAACUACAAGUGGGUCAAGUUUGAGAUAAGUAAAACUGACACCAAUGAGAGUGUUGGCACUGAGAUGUUACAGGACCCAACCAUAGGAUAUGAUGCCUUCAGAGUGGCACUGAUCAAAGGUGGAAUCAAACACCAAAUGCCAUUUGAAUCUUCUGGAAGUCUGCGAUCACUGCUAACCACGAAACCCUCUACAAAAACUUGAAAUAUGCAUUCUUAACUUUAUGAAACAAUCAGUUCAUCAGAAGUUGUGCUGAUGAAGUUGGAGGACAUGCAUUGUGAAAUACACAUCAAAGUGAUUAAAACAUAGCUGAGACCUGGAUCCAUGUGCGAUGCAUACCAUAUAUAAUUACACAAAAAAGUGACAUGUACAUGUAAUUGUGGUUAGGAUUCACAUUAAAGAUAUUUUUUUAUAAGAUGGUAUUAGUGAGACACUGUCCUUCCAUUAAAGUAUGACCACAACAUCUUGUUGCAAAUUUGAGACUGUACAACAUGUCAUAAAUUAUUUCACCUGUUUUAACCCAAAUAAUUUGACCUUGACAGAAGCUUUAACCUUAAUCUUUCAGUUCAUCAUAAAGAAGACUCAUUCGUGUAUAUAUGUUAUAUUAAAAUCAUGAUCUACACUUCAGCUGUGUUGAUGUUUAAAGAGAUAAACAAAAUGCUUACAAUCUUAAGGAUGAAUGCUACACCAGAGAAAUUUGAUAUGGAUGAAAAGUGGAGGAUAUAUACAACAUUGAACAAUAUUUUGAAAUUGCAAACUUUCGAAUUUACUUUAUUUAGUAAAAAAAAAUGCAGUUUAAGUAGAUCUGAAAAGAAUGUAACCCCAUCUGGACUCGAACCCGAGAUCUACAGUUCAGCAGACAACGUGCUAACCUACUGAGCUACUCGGCUAAGCAAUAUUUGAAAUGAAUAAACAAAUAUUGCUGAUAUUUAUGGUUACAGUUGACAUGUAUUUACAUGCCUGAUAGAACAGUUAAGAAUCUGUCACAUUCAUACUGCAUGAAAAGUCGAUUAAUGCCUUUAUCUGUUUUGUGCUUAAAUAAGAUUUUUUUUAAAUUAAUGAUUCUAUGUGUAUUUAAAUUUUAUCAACUCGCAGACAGAUUAGCCAUUUCGAAAACAACUCGUUGAUUCUCUGAUCCUCUCUAAUGUAUUGGUCUCUCACAGGUCGGGUCAUUGUCCGCUGUACCUGUUGAAAUACUAAAGCUCUAUAUUGUAUUCGCUUCAGUGUACUAGUAUUUUAAUAAAUGAUGGUUUAUACAUGCAAGUUUUAACAA